CAGCGUCACUUAAUGUAGCCAGCUUCAUGCUACUGAGAAAGGGCGCUUAUUCUGAGUGUUUGACAUUGAGUGAUGGGUUCUUCGUCAUUAAAUUCUUUAAAACAGUUAAUGAGAGCUAUGAUUGAUGGUCCGGGAUUUGAUCGAGUUUUAAGGAAGAUGCACCUCGUGUCUGCCUGCCCGGGGAAAGUGGUGUGUGAGAUGAAAGUGGAAGAGGAGCACACGAACCGCGGGGGCACUCUGCACGGGGGGCUGACUGCCACUUUGGUGGAUAUAGUUUCCACUACGGCCCUGCUUUAUACUGAGAGAGCGGAGCCCGGCGUCAGCGUAGACAUGAACAUCACGUAUAUGAACACUGCAAAAUUGGGAGAGGAUGUCCUUAUCACUGCCCAGGUUUUGAAGCAAGGACGGACCUUGGCAUUUGCAACUGUAGAUAUCACAAACAAAGAAACAGGAAAGCUCAUUGCUCAGGGAAGACACACCAAGCAUCUUGGUGGCUGAACAAGACCAGAAGACUGUACACUUCUGAAUGGUGUAGAAAAUCUAAGAAAAACUGUAUCUAUUACCUGGCACAAAUGCCACUGGUGAUCAAAGUGUUUGUGGCAACUAUGCCUUUAUCUUCACACUUCUAAUGUAAGUUAUUGGUCUUUGCAUCUUGUAUAAUAGGUGUCUUUUAGAAGCAUUUGCUCAUAUACUUUUAAAUACUCAAGGUGAACAGAAAUAAAAGUUACUUGUGUGUUCUCUCUUUUAAUAAUUACAAAUUAUUGUUUUGUUAAACUCACCCACUUUGGCAUGACCAAUUGUUUUUCAAGACUCGGUUCACAGUAACGAAUCUCAUGCAGGAGCUUAGGCAUACUGUUGACCCAUUUGUGUUUUAAGAGCUCCAUUCCACAAGUCCAUCAUCAGUAGUAUAGCGUACCUGCAAUCUCUUGUGGGGUCACAGGAAUCACCGAGAGACGAGAGUUCCCGGACAACCUCAGGGAGGCACUAGGUUAAUUGUGCUCUGGUUCUUGUGGAAUCCUGAUCACAGUCAGCUAGUGACAUGACUCAGACAAGCAUCUUUACUGAUUGCAUCACUCUGGAGGCCCCUUGUAUGAACCCCUUCUGAAGAACUAAGUGAAUCUUUAGUAAAGGGCAUGGAAUAAUAAACUUUUAAAAAUGUUUGUACUAUGAGCUACAAUUCAUAUUGCAUGAACAAAGAUGUUCACAAGAUAUGUUUUCUUUACAAUCUUUGUGCCAUCCAAUAUCCACUUGUUAAUCAACCUGGAUUAUAAAACAAAAACUAGCACUUCAUCAGACUAAUAGAAAAUACGAUCAUGUCUUCAUCAAUGUGCAGUAGAUCUCUAUCUGGUUUAUUGCACUUAAACCCCAGUGAAUUGGUAGGACUUGGGUGCACCU